AUGACUCAUUCACACACCUCAGGUGAUGAUCAAAUGAGUCUCCACCACAUGUCAGAUGAUGGUCACAUCAGGUACCACCACAUGUCAGAUGAUGGUCACAUCAGGCAUCACCACAUGUCAGAUGAUGGUCACAUCAGGCAUCACCACAUGUCAGGUGAUGGUCACAUUAGGCACCACCACAUGUCAGAUGAUGGUCACAUCAGGCAUCACCACAUGUCAGAUGAUGGUCACAUCAGGCAUCACCACAUGUCAGAUGAUGGUCACAUCAGGCAUCACCACAUGUCAGGUGAUGGUCACAUUAGGCACCACCACAUGUCAGAUGAUGGUCACAUCAGGUACCACCACAUGUCAGGUGAUGGUCACAUUAGGCACCACCACAUGUCAGAUGAUGGUCACAUCAGGUACCACCACAUGUCAGGUGAUGGUCACAUUAGGCACCACCACAUGUCAGAUGAUGGUCACAUCAGGUACCACCACAUGUCAGGUGAUGGUCACAUCAGGCACCACAACAUCUUAGGUGCUGGCCACUUGAUUCAACACUACAUUGCAUUUUCUGGUCACAUGACUAACCCCUACGUUACACUUCUAAUCACAUGA